AUGCACACAGCAGCUGUGCUGCGGGAAAGGGGCGGCGAUAGGAUGGGGGAUGGAGCGAGGGCUGGGGAGGAGGAGGCAUUGCCUGCAGAGGCGAUGGCUCGACAACAGUUGAGGGAGGCACUUGGCAUGGUGGGGAGCGGUGGGGAUGGGUACGGGGAUGGGGAGGGGGGGAGGGAAGGGGGUGAUGGGGGAGAGUUAACCGCGGCGGAGAUGGCGAGGCGGCGGUUGCAGGAAGCACUGGGGGUGGUGGGGAGUGGGGAUGUGGAUGGGGAGGGGAAUGGAAAUGGUGGGGGGAAUGAAGGGAGAGAGCUGACUGCAGCAGAGAUGGCGAGGCGGCGGCUACUGGAAGCGCUGGGGGGAGACGAGGAGGACGAGGAUGACUGGCUGGGGGAUGACAUGGGGUUGGGUGCGGCUGUGGUGGCUGCUCGACGCAUCUCCAUGAACAGCUGGUCUUCCAGCGCUACGCCCUCCCGCACGAGCAUGCAGCUCAACGGAUUUCUCUGCCAGGAGAUGGCGGAGCUGGCACAGCGGCUACCCCCCUCCCCUCCCCGCUGCCUGCUCUUCUCCCCUGCUGACCUGGAAACUAUCACCGACGGAUUCUCCCAGGAGAAUCUUCUCGGAAGUGGGGCGUACGGCCCCGUGUAUCGCGGGUGGCUGGAUCCGGCCAAUUACGGUGCGCCAGCUGGCGGCGGAGGAGAGUCGUCUGAAGGCGCACAGCAUGGUAACCAGAGCAGUAACCGGAGUGGUAACCAGAGCAGUAACCAGACUUUUAACCACACUGGUAACCGGAGUGGUAACGAAAGCACCAACGGCCUCGAAGUAGCUGUGAAGGUGCACAGGUCAGGCAGCAAGCAGGAGGCAAUAGAGGCGUUUGUGAGAGAGGUGGAUAUUCUGCUGCGCGUGCAGCACACCCACAUCGUGUGCCUGGUGGGGCGGUCAGAGGUGGCCUCGGCGCUGCUCUGCCUGCACCAGUCCCACCCGCCCAUCCUCCACCGAGACUUAAAGCCCGACAACAUUCUCCUCGACCAAUCACGCACCAGCAAGGUCGCUGACGUGGGCCUCUCCUGCGUCGUCCCGUCCUCCAACGUCGUGUUUACCCGGAAAGUUCGUGGGACAAUCGGGUUUAUAGACCCCGAAGCGGUGGAAUCCGGGGAGUUGACGACCAAGUCGGAUGUGUAUGCGUACGGGGUGGUGCUGAUGCUGCUGUUGACGCGCUUCCCUGCUGCCAGGGACCUGCACAGAUAUCUUAGCUCGCUCCCGUUUGAUGUUCUGAGGAGUCCGCCCGCGUCAAAACUCUUCCAACACAACCAGAACACUCCCAGUUACUCUUCAACCACAGCGAUGGCAGUCACCAGGCUUUUCCUCGCGUGCAUCCUCCUCCUCGCAGCCACUUCCGCCUCCGCGCAGCGUGGUCCGCCUGGCGGAAGCCGUCCCGGCGGACAGGGGCCGGGGGGGGCGCGCGGAGGCCCCGAUGGCCCCGGCGGCGCACCCGGCGGACCUGGUGGGCCCGCAGGCGCGCCCGGCGGGGAGCCGCGCGGCCCUCCGCUGAAUCUGACGGUUGUCGGGAAUCUGACGGCCGACGUUGGCGCGCGACUGGCCAACUGCUCCGCGGAUCAGGAAAUCCUUGACGGCCGCUUUCACCUCGCCAUUUUCAAAAACGCCACCGGGAACUACAACCUCGUCGUAGACGCUCUCCUAGUCGGCGCCGCCGGCGGUCCGCCCGACUCGCUCGCGAUCGUGCAGGGCGCCGUCUGCGACUCCUCCGCUUCCGCCGCCCUGGCGCUGCCCGUCUCCGCGUCCGACUGGCAGCAGCGCGCGGGGUGGUGGCUGCUGCACGCGGAAGCGCGCCUCGACGCGUUCCUCGAGAACGCGGACGCCGCCACCGUCGAGGCGCUCCUCGCCGUCGUCCCGAACGCGACGCUUCCGCAAGGCGGCGGCCGCGGCGGCCGCGGCGGCGGCGGAAGCGGCGCGGGGGGCGCGGGGAAAGGGCAGGGCAGCAGGCGCAUGGGGCUGGGGGUGGGCAGGCUGCUGCUGCGCACGCUGGCCCCCGCCAAGCAGGGGGGGAAGCAGCAGGGGGGACAGCCGCAGGGGGGCCAGCAGCAGCCGCCGUCUGCAGGCGCAAUUUCAGGUGGUUUUCCGGGUGUUGGGGCGAGCGGCGGAAUGAACAGCACAGUGACCGGAUACGCCGUGCUGGCUGGAAGCAGCGCGUCGGGAGUGACCUGGGGUGGGCAGCUGAUGGGGGUGAAAUUUCCCGUUGCUCCUUCCACCGCUUGA